CGUUUUCAGUCCAUCAAUAACGAUGGGUGACACGAUUUUUGAAGAAUUAGAAGAUUUUAUGCAUUUUUCUGUCGCCGAUUUACCAUCUCGUGGAUAUGCAGUGAUGGAGGAGAUCCGGCGACAAGGGAAACUCUGUGAUGUUACCCUAAAAGUAGGAGAGCAUAAAUUCAGUGCUCAUAGGAUAGUCCUCGCUGCUUCAGUUCCAUACUUCCAUGCCAUGUUCACCAAUGACAUGGUUGAAUGCAAGCAGGAUGAGAUCGUAAUGCAGGGCAUGGACCCCAGUGCACUUGAAUCACUAAUAAAUUUUGCCUACAAUGGACACAUAGCCAUAGACCAACAGAACGUACAGGCUCUUCUGAUAGGGGCCAGUUUCCUGCAGCUUCAAAAUGUCAAAGAUGCCUGCUGCUCAUUUCUGCAACAGAGGCUGCAUCCAAAGAAUUGCCUUGGUGUACGACAGUUUGCUGAGACUAUGAUGUGCACCACUCUUUAUGAUGCAACAAACAGCUUUGUUCACCAACACUUUGUGGAGGUGUCUAUGUCAGAGGAGUUCCUGGCACUUCGGCCGGAGGAGGUGCUUGAGCUUGUGGGCUGUGAUGAGCUCAACGUCCAAGCAGAGGAGCAGGUGUUUGAGGCUGUGCUUGCUUGGGUGAGACAUGCACGUGAAGAUCGGGAGCCACAGUUACCAGAGUUGCUGUCUAAAACACGGUUGCCUCUGUGUCGACCUCAGUUCCUGGCUGACCGCGUUCAACAGGAUGAGCUUGUGCGCUGUUGCCACAAAUGCAGGGACCUUGUUGAUGAGGCGAAAGAUUACCAUCUCAUGCCGGAGCGACGACCCCACCUCCCAGCCUACAAAACCCGACAGAGAUGUUGCACGUCUAUCGCAGGACUAAUCUAUGCAGUUGGGGGCCUCAACAGUGCUGGUGACUCAUUAAAUGUUGUGGAGGUAUUUGAUCCCAUUGGAAACUGUUGGGAGCGAUGUCAACCUAUGAGCACAGCCCGAAGCCGAGUGGGUGUUGCUGUUGUAAAUGGACUGAUUUAUGCUAUUGGUGGUUAUGACGGUCAAUCACGGCUUAGAACUGUAGAAGUUUACAACCCAGAAACUGACACAUGGACCAAAGUUGCAAGCCUGAAUACUCAACGCAGUGCAAUGGGAACAGUUGUGGUUGAUGGAAAUAUAUAUGUUUGUGGUGGAUAUGAUGGGAAAUCCUCUCUAAAUUCAGUUGAGUGCUAUUCCCCAGAGACUGACAGAUGGACGAUAGUUACAGAAAUGAGUGCAAGUCGCAGUGCUGCUGGUGUUACUGUUUUUGAAGGCAGAAUAUUUGUAUCAGGUGGUCAUGAUGGUCUACAGAUCUUCAAUACGAUGGAGUACUACAACCAGCAUACAGCCUCGUGGCACUCUGUUGCUCCCAUGAUGAACAAACGCUGUCGGCAUGGUGCUGCAGCUUUGGCCAGCAAUCUCUAUGUGGCAGGAGGUUAUGAUGGCUCUGCGUUUCUCAGUGGAGCAGAGGUGUACAGCUCAGUAGCUGAUCAGUGGAGCCACCUAGUGGCCAUGAACACUCGGCGCAGCCGUGUUUCUCUGGUGGCAAGCUGUGGUCGACUCUAUGCAGUGGGAGGUUAUGAUGGACAAUCCAAUCUCAGCUCUUUGGAGAUGUACGACCCAGAAAUAAACCACUGGACUUUUAUGGCACCAAUGGUGUGCCAUGAAGGUGGAGUAGGGGUUGGCUGUAUACCCCUGCAAACUGCUUAAUGCCACAAUCUCCCAAAGGACAUUUUUGCUUAUAUAUAUAUAAAGAGUUUUGUACUGAGUGAUUUAACAAGUGGCAUUAAUCAUCAUGAUGUCUUGUCCCAAACAUAUGUUUGCAGCAAAGGUACUAUAAUUAAGGCUUUCACUUUGAGAAAAGCCUAUCGCAGAAAUGCCAGUACACUUUUGAUAGUGACAUAAUAAAAAUCCUGUUUUGUUUGUUUGACUUCCAAAUGUUGAAUUUACACACAUGUUUUGGAAUUAUGUCCUGCUAGGACUUUUAUAAGAAUCAAGAAGAUGUAAGCUCCCAGAAUUGGGCUGCACUUCUGUUAAACAACAAACAGCAUUUGGUAGUAAAAAUAGAAUGUAACAUGAACAAACAAAAAUGUGCUAACUGGGUGAAAAAAAAAAAAAAACAUUCUCAAGUCUGACAUAUUUUGCACUGUAGUAGUAUGACUGUCUCUCUUAGUGUAAACAGAUCAUUUUGGUGUCUUCUAUACAAUGAAAGUGAAUGGUGACUUAUGCCAUAACAUACCCCUUUCUUACGGAAAACAACAGAAAGUGAUACAACUUCUGAACAACAAGUGUCACAAAAAGCAUCACUUCUUGGCUAAUAUUAUAGUAUAAAGAUUGACUUGUUAUUCUUUAAAACUGGACGCUAUUUUAGAUAGACAGGUGAACCACUGCCAUAAUUGGGAGAGUCUGAUGUAGUGGAUACUUAUUAAGGAUAAUUAAGAUCUUACAAAGUCAUUUUUAUUAUAUGUAAUCAAGAACUUUUAUUAAUUAGAAGUUCUAAACAUUUGAUUUGGGAUAUUGCUUAUUAUUAAUGCUGCUGUUUUGACAAACAUGAUGGAAAUCUAUUGUGAGCAACUGAUGUAUGUACAAAACAGAUCUGCUAGUUGUGCCAUGAACAUUUCCUCUUUACAUGGGACUACAUUUUGAUACAUUUUGUACACUUGGUUCACUUGAAUUCCCACUUUUGAAGAAGACAAAAAAAAAACAAGUAUUUCUUAAUCGGGUUCACUUUGUAUCUUGAUCUUGUUGGUUUUGGGAGAGCAAAUCACCAGCUCUUAAUUCUUUCGUUAUUGGUUUUGACUGAUUAUGAAAUGGAUUGGUGGAUCUCAUCCCAUGUCUUUUUCUUUUUUUCUAGAUAUUUUUCUUGUAUUAGUGAGAAUCAGCACAUAUACCAAAAAGAAGUAGAGUGAACUUGACAGUUUGAUAUGACCAUUGUCAGAUACGGAUGUGCUUUCUGGACUUUUCUCUUGUGUCAUCAGGUCCUCUUGGAAGUAUGAGUGCAGAAAGGAGAUUUAAAAUGUACAAUGUCCUCAUGUUUGUGCAAAAAAAAAGAAAGGAAAAAAAAGUGUUAGUUGACUGUAAGGGACUGACUGUAUGGAGCAUUACAUUUUCAAUUAGUUUUCUUUAUUUUCUCAGACAUUACUUGUUUUAAAUUUCAAAUAACACAAACCUGAAUUUGGGAUUACUGACUGUGAAUUCAACAUGGUAUAUUUUUUCCUACUCUUAUUACCAUUACUGCAUAUCUCUGCUGAUUUAAUUGUAUGAUUUAUUUUGUAUUAACUUCCAGUUGUUGUGCAGUAUUUCUAUAGUAAUUAGUUUUUUGUCUCUAAUUUAUUAUUAGCUGUAAUAUUAUCUCUUUUUUAUAGAAUUGCACAUAUUAGUUUAUCUGUCAUAGAAAUGAGAAUCAAGUUUACGUUUUAUGGAAAUCUAAUAUAUAUAUAUGUACAUAUAUCUAUAUAUAUGGAUCAAUUAAUCUUCUCUUUAAAAUGUUCUUCAGCUACCUCCGAUUGAGAUUAGAGAGCUUAACAGGGACAAAGAUCGAGUCAGUUUCCCUAUUACCUAUAAAAAAAUUUCCAUUUAACCUGAAGGACCUUUUUGGCAUUAACUGAAAUCUUUUGUGUGUGACAAAAAUAUUCUUUUUCACAUAAUUCUUAAAUGUCUUU